AUGAAGCUCAUCGCUUUCAUCGCCAGCGCCUCUGCGCUCCUCCUCGCCAACGGCGUCGUUGCCGUGCCGGUCUCCAACACCAACCAGUCCUCUAGCAACACUUCCAGUGCCUCGGCUGCUGCCGCCAACGCGGGCACCCCGCAGUGCAAGUCGGCUAUGAUGUCCGACCUGUGCCUGGCAGAUAAUGCUGGCGCCUACUGCGAUGUCACUGGCUUCCACAAUGACUUCAUGAAGAGCUGCGAGGGCAACUGCUUCUGCGCUUAA